AUGGCCUCCAAACGUGGCCUCUGCUGGCCCACCGACAACCACGGCCGAGACGAAGUUCUCGCAUUCACCAAGCCGGGCUCUAAAGUCUCGUGGCUCUACAACUGGUCCCCCCACCCAACCCCCAAUGGCGGAUCCCUCCAAUUCAUUCCCAUGCAGUGGAACCACGUCAACAUCGACCAGCUGCACGACCACGCCCGCAACGCCGGUGCCCAAGCCAUCCUAGCGUUCAACGAGCCCGAGCUCCCAGACCAGUCAAACAUGCCCGUCGACCUCGCCGCCAACGAGUGGUUGCGAUGUAUCGAGCCACUACGAAAGGCCGGCGUGCGCUGUGGAAGCCCAGGGAUCUCGUCCGCGCCUCAUGCUGUCGGCUGGCUGCAGCAGUUCCUCGCCAAGAUCCGCGAGGGCGGCUCCGACAUCGACUUCUACUGCUUCCAUUGGUACGGCGUUGAGCUGGGUCAGUUCUACGACUAUAUCUGGAGUACGCACCACCAACUUGGUCCAGAUAAGCCGGUAUGGAUCACCGAGUACGCCUGCACGAACUGGAGCGUGGAAAAUCCACUGCCGCGGGAGCACGUUGAGAAUUUUGCGAGGGAGAGCGCCAAGUACCUUGAUACCCUGGAUUGGGUCGAGCGCUAUGCCUGGUUUGGACCCAUGAGAGACUGUGGGACUGUCGGCCGAUGGGCCGGCAUGCUGGAUGGUGAAGGCAGGUUGACGCCCCUGGGCAUAGCAUAUAGGGACGAAUAG